AUGCAACGGGCUCUUCUCGUGAUUUCCUUCCUGGUGAUUGUGUUGCAACAGGUGUCUGCCCAAGGCUUUCCCACUGAAGAAUGUCGUUACUGCACCCUCGAUAACCCGGGCUUCGAUGUCGAUGUGUGGGAUGGAACAGUUAAAUUGCUUCCCUGGGACACGACAACAACCAAAUGUGCUAUGAUUUCGAUUAGAUGCCGAAGGAUUCGAGUGUUUGACGGGAGCACCGAAAUUGGCAGUCUCUUUACGAGAGCCCUCUUUUACUGCAAUUCCGACGGAGAUCGAUGGAUUUGGACUGGCGGUCCAAACAAUAUGAACCACCAACCAGCGAACGCUGUUCGAUGCGAAGAU